UAUUAAAUAAAAAUAAAAAUAAUACAGUGUCAAAAUCCAAAAAUUUUUCGGAACUAAACAAGGCCUGAGUACUAGUACAAAAUAAGCAUCCAAAGUCCAAAUACUAAACAAGCAAGCUAGUACUUGCCCACGAUCGUGAAACGUACGCCGCCGCCAUGGCACACGCUGCCUGUGGCACUGAGGCGCCGCUCCUGCCCUCCUCGGCGGCAGGGACGCCGCCGCCGCCGGCAGCCGGUGCACCGCGCCGGAACUGGUUCGCCUUCGUCUGCGCCACGCUCGCCUCCAUGACCACCAUGCUACAUGCCUACAACCUGACACUGAUGAGCGGCGCGGAGCUGUUCAUGCGUGAGGACGUGGGGCUCACCGACGCCGAGGUCGAGGUGCUGUCCGGGUCGAUGAACGUCUUCAUGCUCGCGUCCAUCCUCGCCGCCGGCUGGGUGGCCGACCACCUUGGCCGCCGCCGCACCCUCGUGCUCGCCAACGCCUUCCUCAUGGCCGGCGCGCUCGCCAUGUCGCUGGGCGCCAGCUUCGCCGCGCUCAUGGCGGCGCGCUUCGUCACCAGCGUCGGCUCCGGGUUCGCCCGCGUCGUCGCCCCCGUCUACAACGCCGAGAUCUCGCCGGCGUCCACCCGCGGCGUCCUCUCAUCCAUGCUUGACGUGCGUAUCCACCAUUUUAAUUGGAACACAUGCAUGCUGCCUGAUUCCGAUCGAAUCAAGGUGUGUAUAGUGAUUUCACUAUUGCAGAUAUUUAUCAACGUCGGCAUCCUGCUCAGCUACGUGUCCAACUACGCGUUCGCCGGCCUGCCGGUGCACCUCGGGUGGCGAGUCAUGUAUGGGAUCGGCGUGAUCCCACCGGUGUUCAUCGCCGCCGGGGUGCUCUUCAUCAUGCCGGAGUCACCGCGGUGGCUUGUCAUGCAGGGCCGCCACGGCGACGCGCGCGGGGUGCUGCUGCGCACGUCGGACGCCCCGGCCGAGGCCGACCUCCGUCUCGGGGAGAUGAAGCGAGCCGUCGUCACUGACGCCGCCGAGGCGCCGCCGUCCGCUGCUGCUGCUGCUGCACGCCACGGCGGCGGCGGCGGCGUCUGGAAGGAGCUUUUCUUGCGGCCGUCCACGAGCGUGCGGCGGAUCCUCGCGUGCGUCCUCGGGCUGCAGUUCUUCGUGCAGGCGUCCGGCGUCGACGCCAUCCUCCUCUACAGCCCGCUGGUUUUCAAGGCGGUCGGCAUGGCGUCGAACUCCGCCGUCCUCGGCGCCACCGUGGCCAUCGGAGCGGUGAAGACGUGCUUCAUCCUCGUGGGCAUGCUCUUCACCGACCGCCUCGGCCGGCGCCCGCUCCUCCUCGCCAGCACCGCGGGCGUCGCCGUGACCUCCACCGUCCUCGCCGUGACGCUGUACGUAGCCACGAGCACGACGUCGUCUUCGUCGUCGUCAACGACGACGGCGACGGCCGCGGCGUGCCUGGCGUCGGUGCUGGCCGUCGUGGCCACGUACUCCAUCGGGUACGGGUCAGUGGUGUCGGCGUACACGGCGGAGGUCUUGCCCCUGCGGCUGCGCGCGCAGGGCUCCAGCCUGGGCGUGGCGGUGAACAGGCUCACGUGCGGGGUGGUGAGCAUGACGUUCAUCUCGCUCGCCGACGGGAUCGUCACCAUGCCUGGGUGCUUCUUCCUCUACGCGGCGGUGACGGCGGCUGCGUUUGUGUUUGUGUACACGCGGCUGCCGGAGACCAAGGGUCGGAGCUUGGAGGACAUGGAAGUGCUCUUCCACAAGUGAGGAGGACAGGCAUCCAUGGAGCUAGGGAGGACGGAGCAGCUCUAGUGGCCGUGCGCCGGCCGAGAGCCUGAGACUCAUGAGCGCAAGCAAUCGAGCAGAUAAGGUUUGGUUUGGGUGGGGAGACGAUGACACAUUACACAUACUGUUGUUCUUAUGAGCUUUACUUAAAUGUGAAGCAAAGACGUACCUUAAUUGUAUGGUGGGUCUAACAAAGGAGCUGGCGGAAGCUUGAUUUUUUGUUUAGGCUUAUAAGUUAUGACAAAAAGUACUGUUGGUUGAUUUUUUGUGAAAGAAAAAUACUAUUGAAUGACUAA